UUCCUGUGGAAGCUCCUGGAAUCUGAUUGGCAGUGGAGGAUUGAAGAUGGAGAGUGUGCUGAAGAGAGAACUGAACACAACUCGUCUGAGGGGGUUGGGAUACGCAGGGGGUGGGUGUAUUAGCCAAGGGCAGAGUUAUGAAACGGAUUCAGGAAGAGUGUUUGUCAAAAUCAAUCACAAAAGCCAGGCCAAAAAAAUGUUUGAUGGUGAAAUGGCAAGUCUGGAGGCCAUCUUGAAAACGAACACAGUUAAAGUGCCAAGGCCAAUAAAAGUGAUCAGUCUGUCGGAUGGUGGAUCGAUGUUUAUUAUGGAGCAUUUGGAUAUUCAUAGUUUAAACAAAUAUAUGGCUAAAUUGGGAGAGCAACUGGCAGAUCUGCAUCUUCAUAAUGCAAAACUUAAGGAGCAGCAACAAAGAGAUGCACAGACUGUUGGCAAGGGGCCAGGGCAGUCUGAUAUCCAGUAUGUGGACAAGUUUGGAUUUCAUACUGUUACCUGCUGUGGUUACAUUCCACAGAAUAAUGACUGGCAGACUGACUGGGCAACUUUCUUUACUUGGCAACGACUUCAGAUCCAGAUGGAUUUAAUUGAAAAAGAUUAUGGUGACCGUGAAGCCAGGGAGCUCUGGUCAAAGCUCCAGUUGAAGAUACCUGCUCUGUUUCAUGAUAUAGAAAUUACACCAGCUCUCCUUCAUGGAGACCUAUGGGGAGGAAAUGUUGGACAAGUAGAAGAUGGGCCAGUCAUUUUUGAUCCUGCAUCUUUCUAUGGCCACUCUGAGUACGAACUAGGAAUAUCUGGAAUAUUUGGAGGGUUUAACUCUGCCUUCUAUACAGCGUACCAUAACAAAAUUCCCAAAGCUCCAGGGUUUGAGAAGCGACGUAAACUUUACCAGCUCUUCCAUUACCUGAAUCAUUGGAAUCAUUUUGGGACGGGGUAUAGAGGGUCUUCAAUUAGCACAAUGAAAGCUUUGCUUAAGUAGUCAUAUUAACGACAAUACCAGUGUUGGAUCAAAUGGUAGUAAAUUAAUCUAUGAUCUUUGCUUGAAAUUGUCUUUAAAUGAUUACCUUGAAAGAAACUAAUAUUUGGAAGUAUUUUUAUUUGAAGUGAAUUUAAAAAAAACUUACUGUGUACAAUUUCAUCAGACAUUAGAACAUAACAGUUAAUCAUUUCAGUAUUUAAAAUAAUGUAGUUGUAGGAUGGAAAAUAGUGUGAUAACUUACAGACUAUUUAUUGCAUUUUAUAUAUACUCUAUUACCAUGUCUGCUUGGAUAAAUGAAUGACAAAUUGUAGAUCUUAGAGCAAGACUAAAUUAUCAACCUGCGUUUGAAUGAACGAACAAAAGUGGAAGCACACGAUUGAAAGAUUCUAAAAGUGGGAAAUUACAUUCAAAAUGUAAUUAAAUGUGUGUAUCUGAGGAUUUCUGUUGGAAAAGCUAUUCUAUUGUAUAAAUGCAGGUGUUGACUCAGAAUUAAACAGCAACAAUUGUAUACAAGUAGUUCCUUUUUAAAGUAUCAAUAUAUCUUAAACAGCUUCACUAUGGACCACUCUAAAAUAUUGUUUACAGACAAUAAAGACAGCAUUUUGAGUUGCACUACAGCUUUUCAUUAAGAGAAUUGUUUUCUCCUGAUUUCCAGGUGUUUUCAAACAGUUGCUUUAAGUUUCUAACCUUCUCAGAGGGGAAAUAGAGUGGAAUGAAUGAUACUAUGCCCAAUCAUGGAACCCCACACGAAAAACUAAAUUAUACUCUGCCUUUCCAUUGUUGCUUCAGAUUUAUUUUUGCUAUGCUGUAUCAGCAAUGUACUUGCCCACUUACUUAACUACCCAAAUUGCUUUAAUGCCUCUUUGCAUCGUCCUCAUAAUUCCUAGUCCCAUCCAGUGUUGUGUUAUCAACAAGCCUGGAAAUACUUGGUUCCCUCAUGCAAAUUAUUUUAUAGUUAUUUUGAGUAGCUGGGGCCCAAGCACUGAUCAAUUACUGUUUUUUCUGUCAGUCUUCCUGAAAUGACUUUUAUUUACUUUUGAUUAUUCAGGUCCCUGUUUGAUACCUUACACUAAAUAUAAGAUGAUUAGCAGCUCAGCACCAGUCAUACUAUGUGCUAUUGUUUGAUGGCUGUUGGCAAUCAACUGAGUUCAAUGAAAUAAGCAUUUGGGUGUGUUUAAAUAGCAAAUACUAUGAAAUUUGGCAGUUAAACAUUUUUUUUGGCCAUGAUUUAAGACAGAACAAUUGAUAGAAAAAAAUUAACUUUUGAAUUUAGUUUUCUUUGAUUAAAAUUUUCCCUGGCAGCUUCCCUCUGAAACCACUACCUCCACUCCAAUUCUGUUUUACCUAAUCUGACCUCAUACAUUCCACCAUUUCCUUCUCCCCAUCUUUGCUGACAAUGUUUUAAGUUUGAAUACCUUCCUGCAAUGUAUUCAUCACUCUCUCCUUUUGAGGCUGUUUUUAAAAAAAAAUCUGAUUUGCAUCAUCUAAGUAUCACCUUCUUUGACUUGCAUACAUUCCAUUGAGCAAUAAAAUUCCACAUAAAAAUGAUCUAUCCGUGGCUGAACAAAAAGUAUUAUUAAAUCAAAAUGUUCCCAAAAGACCAGUAAGCCUCAGGCUGGGAGAGUUUUGGAAAUCGGAAAUUUGAUGAAGGGAAAAAAUAGAUAUAUUAGAACAAAAUAGAAGUAUAAACAUUGUAAACACUUCUUCAAGCUUGUAAUAAGGAAACCAGUAGUGAAAAUAAAUAAUCAGAGUCUGAUAUUGGAGAAAUUGUUAUGGUGAAGAUGGUAAUGGCAGAGUUUGAACAUUUUUUUUACUUCUCUUGACCCUAGAAGACAAAUAUAAAAGGAAUUUAUGGAGAUUUAAACACAAAAGGAAAAUGAGAUUUAAACGAAUAAAAAUUAGUAAUGAAAAAGUAAUAGAGAAUAAGUAAUAGAGGACUCGUAUCAUGGGAGUCUCAGUUUAGAGUCUUAUCCAGAAUAUGGCAGCCCGUUUCACUUGAGCAUCUGCCUCAAUUUUUAUGCUCCACUUUCUGGAAAGUAACUUAAACCCAGAACUUUUGUCUCAAGGCUGAAAGUGCUGGCCAUUUAGUCUUUCAUUGUGACUAAGCCUUAAAUAAUUGUGUUUCUCUUCUCUGAUAUGCAUACCAGUACAGGAAUCUGAUCAGUCCAAAGGUUUCUAAGCCAUUUGAAUGUAAUUCUUCAGUUUUAGGGAUUUCAAACUGAGCAUUUCCUUCACUGAUAUUUUUAGACUCCUUAACUUAAACACAUUUUUAUAUCCUGGAAUAAAGUGAUACAAAGCUAAUGAAUUUUUAGUGUAUUAAGGUCAAGAACUGUCCCUCGUAUGCAAACUGAUUGAAGCGUUCAGCAUGUUUCAAAUUGAAAUUAUUUCUCCAGUCUGCAUUGAGCAAAUGUUGCAACAUUUGAAUUGCAUUAGGUUGAGCAUAAACUUAUGGCUUGACUGCUAAAACAGGAAAAAGUAAUAUGAUCUCACCCAUCAUUGUGUAUUUUAUAUUUUUAAAGUUAAACUAGGGAACAAAUUAGUACUAUUUGUAAUAAUUUUCUAUUAUUUCUUAUACCUAAAAUUAAUUAUCAAGUUGAGCUACAGUUUUAUGUCCAUUCAAAACCAGGUGAUGUUACCUUGUUGGCUGCUUUUCACUUCUUAGCCCAUAGAGACUAAGUGGUCAAUAUGACAUGUUGAUAUUGCUAUAGGAUCUAAUCUAAACAUUGAAUAGCCAAACAUACAGUUUCAGUUUGGAUGAUUUCCUCGAGGCAUGAGUGAGGGUUUUUUUUAGCCACUUAUUUUGUUCAUUGUUCUCUGUUCACUGUAAACAACUGAAUCUUUCCAUUGUAGCUGUAGUUGAGAUCGAUUUACCUGUUAAUAGACUAUCUGUUUUGAAUAUUAAAAAAGGCCCAAACAGGCGCUUGUUCUGCACCUCCAUCAGGAUAUUCCUUCCAAGCCAGCAGCACCUGGAGCACCAGCAGAAAUGGAGCAGUAAGCAAUGCAGUCUAAAUUUUUGGGUCACUAUCACAUUGUCUACACAGAACAGAUGAACGCAAAA